UUGGGUAUCUAGGCGGCCUUGAUAUGGAAUUCACAGGUUUACAUUCUUUCUUUCUUCAAGGCAAACAGCCCAGUCUCUUCGAUUCACCUGCUGAGUGGUAUCAGAAGGCCAGAUGGAGUGUUCAGAAGUUCACAGUCAAUCAGCUCGGGUUGUCUAUAUUUUCAAAUGAAAGCUCCAACAAGUAUGUUGCACACUCCUAUAACUUCUUCCUCUUUCCCACAACAUUUGGAAUCAUGGACUCUGAAUUCUCUUUCCAGGCAUCUAGCAUUAAGUUCCUGACGCAUUAUGGUUUUGACUAUAAUAAGUUUCUGAAAGAUGGAAUUCCAUAUAUGAAUGAAGUACAGGAGAAGAAACUUCAGCAAGGUCUCUUAGCUGGAAACUGGAAAGUCCGCAGCACUUUGGACAAGGAUAAAGUGAAAAAGGUGAUUGAUGAGGUGACUCGCUGGGUGCCAUCAGCAGAGGAGGGAGGCUCUAUGGUUCUGCAUGAUACGAGUGGUUUCCAGCAAUUUGAGGUUCAAUUGAUUCUGAGGCAGGCACUUCCAAAUGUUUGGACAGAGCCCUUUGGAGACCAGAAGGUGAUGGUGAAAAAGAUGAGUCCACGGCAUCGUUGGUGUCUGGAGAACUCUUCUUAUGAUUGUUGCCGAAAGGAGCUCAUUCUUCUCUCUGCCCAGGGUUUCACCAGUCUCUUCCAUACCCUUGUGGAAGCCAAGAAGCCACUGGUGGGACACAACAUGCUUAUGGAUCUUCUGCAUCUUCAUGACAAGUUUUACAAGCCCCUCCCAGAAAGCUAUGAGGAGUUUAAAAAGAACAUUCACAGCCUGUUUCCUGUCCUCAUAGACACCAAGAAUGUCACAAAAUCCAUCUGGAAGGAAUUUCCAUUUCCUCGGGCAUGUAGCCUCCUAGAAGUUUAUGAAAUCCUGUGCAGUGACCUUAAUCCCACCAACUCCACGUGCCCAGUGAUUGCCCAUGCAAGUGACAGUUCGAAAUAUGCUGACAAGAAAUCUCCUCAUGAGGCAGCAUAUGAUGCAUUUCUCUGUGGAUCAGUUCUUUUGAAAAUAGCCCACUUGCUCGUAGGCAGAAUGCCAUGUGACACUCUGGAGACUAGUUCCUCUUUCUCUCAGUAUCUAAGUGUAUUAACCAAGUACUUGAACCAGGUGAAUCUGAUCCGAGCUGGCUGCUCAAAAAUUAAUUUUUCUGGCACAGAUGUCCCUAGCCAUCGUCCACCUCUUCUGAUUGCCAGUGUUCAGGGCUGGCCUGGGGUGGAUGAAGAACAGAUCUAUCAGGAGUUAAAAGGUCUCUGCAAGUUUGAUGUUAGACGACUGACCAAGAACCAAUUUCUGUUGCUCUCCAAUAAGUUUAACGAUGUCAGGAUUGUUCUGCGAGAUUUUAAAGCUCACCCUAAUCUGCGGAUUUUUCUUUAUCACCACUGGAGGCACUCGCCACAAGUGAACUGCUUGCUACAAAUUUGUGGCAUUGUGGCAUCAUGGUCUUUUCUUGCCUUUGUGUUUGGAGGAUCUCCAUGGUAUGCUGUGUAAAAGAUUACCUUCUAGAAAAAUCUCAGGGUCAUUUUUCCUAUCUAUGUGCUCUUCACCAGGAUGUUAGGGCGGAGUGUUCUUAUAUUAUUAAAAUAGUAAUGGUCAAUAAAAUGCUGUUAACAUUUUUUGUUUGCCUUCAAUCACCUCCCACCCCAAAUCUGUGUUUAAGGAGCCUCAAGUUUUAGCAAUCACAUCUGAAGUGGGAAAAUCCUCGUGUUUUUUAAACAUAUUUAUUAAAGAAGUACCACCUUUUCUUCAGAUGCAAGUGGAACAGAGAAUCCAUUGUUUUGAUGGGACUUUUAUCUUGUUUCCCAUGUUUUUCUUUAACAGCAUUAACUAGUUCUAUUCCAAGUGUUGUGCUGCUAUUGUAAAGCUUGGUACAUAAAGGCUCAAGUUGUGCUUUUUGAAAACUUGUUAAAUAAAAGGAGUUACUUUAAUUUCUGUUUCCA